ACAAUAACCAUCAACGUUUUGGCCUUCUAAAUUAUUUUAAUUGGAAAGACCUUCCAGCACAAUGGCUAUUUCAGGGAUUAGUUGAUUUAAGAGCUGAAUUGGUAAAAUAAAUAAAUUUAUUAAAAAGUUUUUUAAAGGAAAAAAGAGCAACAAAUAAUGAAUUUAAAAAUAAAAAAAUUACAAAAGAAAUUGAGGAAAUAGGGAAUAAAUAUCAAAAAACAAUUAUUUAUUUAACUAAUUUAACUAAUGAUUUGUGUGAUUAUUAUCCUUCUUUGGCUGCUGAUGGAAAUGUGAAAUAUUUUGUUAGGACUCCAAAAAAUUUCUUUAUUUUAUUUUUUAUUUAAAAUUUAAUUAUCAUCAAUAUCUCAAAGUAAUCAAAGAAUUUCCCUUUAAUCAUUGAAAUUACUAGGGCCAAAAAUAAUAUUAAAAAUUCCAAAAACCUCUCAAUUUUUUAGAUGGAAUUUGUUCUCGAUAAAUUAUUAAAAGAAAUUGAGGAAAUAACAAAUAAAAAAAUAAUUGGAGGUUCUUGGCAAAGGGCAAUUAAAAAAUAUAAAUGUGGAGAGUUUGAAAGAACGGAUGAUUUAAUUGGAGAAGAAAAUAUUUUAAAUGAAUUUUUUGAUCAGAUUGAUUUGGAUAAUUUUAGAAGGACAAUUAAUUUAUUAAACAAAGAUCUUGCCAAACAUCGUCAACGAAUUGCUUUAAAAAUUGUUAAAUAUUUGAAGGAAAAUCCAGGAAAGAAAUUAUUCGUUGUUGUUAGUGCUGGCCAUUUGGUUGGAGAUGACAGUUUAAUUAAAAUUUUGGCCGAACAAGGAUUUAAUUUAAAGCAAUAUUCUCCUUCAGAAAACCCCUCAGAAUUUAUUCAAAACCCUCCAAAAUUUACCAAAAAAGAAGAAGAAAAUAAUGAAAUUCUUCUUCAAACAACGACAAAUAAAAUUCCAAAUAUAGUCUUUGCCGCUGCUUUACAAGGAAAUCCUCCUUCUUUUUAUGAAAAUAGAAGUAUUAGAGAAGAAAAAAAUAGAGAAAAUGAGGAAAAUAAAAAUUUAGAUGAAAAUAAAUUAAUUGAAUUAAAUAAUGGAGAGGAUGGGGAUUUGGUGUUAGCAACUACAAAAAUAAUUCCUUUAAUUAAAAAUAAUAUGUCAGAAGAAAAUAAAAAUAAUAAUUUUAGUACUUUUAUUUCUUCUAAUCUUCACAGCAAAAAAUCUUAUUUUUGGAUUUAUUUUACUUCAAUUUUGUCAAUAAUUUUAAUAAUCCUUAUUCUUUGUUUGUAUAUUUAUAAUAAACAUUCUGGUUAUCUUAAACCGCCACAUCUUCCAUUUAUUAAUGACAAAACUAAUUGUUGUCAACAGCAAAGUAGUAAUAUUUCUGUUGCUAAAGGAUUGCCUGAACUUAAAAAUAAUUCCCAACAGCAACAAAUAUGGUCCACUACUCCUACCAAAAAACCAACAAUAUCUUCUCCACAAUAUUCACAACAACAACAACAAAAUAUAUUUCCUUUAAAUACAUCCCCACCAAAAUCAGCAACAUCCUUUUCUGAAGCAUCAAACGCAACCGGGGAAACUUCUUUUAAUAUUUGUGAAAAUGAGGGGGGAGGAAAUAUUAAAAAUGAGGAGGAGGAAAUUAAAAAUAAUGCUUCUUUCGAAAAUAAAAAUGAGAAUUCUUCUCCUUUGAAUCCAACUAUAACAGCAACACCUUUAGUUGAUGGACAAUAUCGUUCUACUAGCUCUCUUGCUUUGUCUCAUACUCCAAAAACACAACUUAAUCAAUCACGGAUGGAGAUUAAUGAUAAAAAUCAGCAAAUUCCUCAAGAACCAUUAAAAUCCCCUCCUUUUCCCCCUCCACUCCCUUCACAACAACAACAUUCAACUCUCCCAACAAUUCCAGAGUCAAAAAGAUUAGCCCCUCCACCUCCAACCGAUUCAGUUAUUAAACAUAAAAAGUUGGCUUCUUUGGACGAAAAUGAUGAAAAAAUUGUUGAAAAUUUGGAUUUCAAUUCUCCAACAAAUUAUUUUAAUAAUUCAAAAAUAAAUGAAGAAUUAUUACCUUCAGAGAAUCAACAACAAAUUUAUAAUAAUUUAAAUAAAAACGAGUAUAAUGGAAGUAAUUUCAAUUAUCCACCUUUAAUUAAUAAUAAAGAAAUACAGCAAUCAGAAAUAUAUUUACCUGAAGAGGAUAAUCAAAAUAGCCAACAAUCUUCUUCUUCAAAUUCUUUCCCUUUCACAGAAGUAAUUAAUAAUUUAAAUGAAGAAGUUUUGAAAAAUGACGAGAAAUAA